AUGCCAAGAUACAUGCAAGGAAGACUAAUAGGCUCUGGGACAUACGCUAAGGUCUAUGAGGCAUACGACUCAGAGACCAAGAGGGUGGUUGCGAUGAAGAAAAUAGAGUUAAAUGAAAAGGAGGGUAUGCCCUCAACAGCAUUAAGGGAAAUUUCCAUUUUGAAAAGCACAAGCCACAAAAACAUUAUAGAGCUUUUUCAGAUCAUCCACAGAGAGGACAUUCUCGUUUUAAUAUUCGAAUUUAUAGAUUUUGAUCUAUUAAAAUACAUAGAAGUGCAUGGCAAUGUUCUUUCUUUAAUUAAGCAGCUGAUAAAUGGUGUACAUUAUUUGCAUUCACAUAGCAUUAUUCAUAGAGAUCUCAAGCCAAGCAAUAUCUUAGUGGCUAAGGACGGGGUUCUCAAGAUCGCCGAUUUCGGACUGGCCAGGGCUAUUAGUCCAAUGGACUUUUCAUAUUCCUCCGAGGUUGUUACGCUGUGGUACAGAGCGCCCGAACUUUUGAUGGGGACUCCAAACUACCUUUAUGAAAUUGACAUCUGGAGUCUUGGAUGUAUUAUUUAUGAAAUGAUAACGUUAAAACCACUACUUCCCGGUGAGAAUAAACAAUCACAGCUGGCACUAUGCAAAAAUCUGAACUAUCAAGGCAUCAUCAAUGAGCUUGUAAAGAUCUACAACAUUCCGCCCUUUCUGGCCAGCAUUGUUUGUAGAUGCUUGGAUGUGACGCCCCACAAGAGAAUAACAAUAGUUGAAAUCAUAAAAUUGAUAGAGCACAACUUAGGAUAA